UGCGCCGGCCAGCGCGGGGAGCCCGGGGACCCGGCGCAACUUGCCGGCCGGCCUGAGGAGUUGGAGCGGCCGCGAGCUCAGCGCCGCGGCGCCCGGCCGCCUUUCUUCCCCCUCGCAAGACGCCCCCCCCCCCGGCUCCCUCCGGUUCGGCCUUGGGGGAGGGGGCUCGUGUGCACCCCCCCUCCGCGGAGGCCCGGUCUGCCCCCGCCGGCUCCCGCCCCCGCGGAAUCGCGCAACUUCCCGGGAGCCGGGGCCAAAGUGAGCGCAAAGUGCUGCCCAAGUUGCCGGGAUGGAGCUGCAGAGUCGGCCCGAGGCGCUCGCCGUGGAACUCGCGCGCCACCAGAACGGCGACCUCAAGAAGCAGCUCCACGAAAGGCAACCGCGGAUCGCCGCGCUCAGCGACAAACAAGCUUUGGGAGCCAUCACUGCAGUGCCUGUCACGGGUCCUCAGGUCAGCUCCUUGCAGAGGCUGGCCGGGCAAGGAGCGGCGGUGCUACCUCAGGUUAGGCCAAAGACUCUGAUUCCAGACAGCCUCCCCGUCACCCCAGGCCGGGACCGGCCACCCAAGCAGCCCCCGACGUUCCAGAAGGCCACCGUGGUCAGUAUCAAGAACCCCAGCCCAGCCCUCCCCACCGCCAACAACACCGUGAGCCAUGUGCCAGCGCCCGGCAGCCAGCCCCAGGCCCUCGCUGAGCCCGCCGCCGUCGCCUCUCCCCUGAGCAGUGCCGGGGUGGCUUACGCCAUCAUCUCCACCGCCCCCAGCAAUGCCGCCGCCAUCGCCCCCAGCACCGCGGUGUCUGUGGUCAGCGACAGCGUCAAGGUCCAGCCCCUCCUCAUCAGCGCCGACAAGAAGGUCAUCAUCAUCCAGCCUCAGGUGCAGACGCAGCCCGAGAGCACGGCGGAGCCGCGGCCGCCCACAGAGGAGCCAUCUCAGGGAGCUCAGGCGACCAAAAAGAAGGAGGAGGACCGGCCCCCAAGCCAGGAGAACCCCGAGAAAAUCGCCUUCAUGGUAGCUCUGGGCCUGGUCACAACAGAGCACUUGGAAGAAAUCCAGAGCAAACGCCAAGAGCGGAAGAGAAGAAGCACAGCGAAUCCCGCUUACAGUGGCCUCCUGGAGACAGAGAGGAAACGGCUGGCGUCCAACUAUCUCAACACCCCCCUGUUCCUCACAGCAAGAGCCAAUGAGGACCCCUGCUGGAAGAGCGAGGUCGCCCAUGAUGAGCACUGUGCCGCCUGCAAGCGAGGGGCCGACCUGCAGCCCUGUGGCACCUGCCCGGGGGCCUACCACCUCAGCUGCCUGGACCCGCCCCUCAAGACAGCGCCCAAGGGCGUGUGGCGGUGCCCCAAGUGCCAGCAGAAGGCCUUAAAGAAAGACGACGGUGUGCCCUGGACCGGGAUGCUGGCCAUUGUGCACUCCUACGUCACCCAUAAGACGGUCAAGGAAGAAGAGAAGCAGAAGCUGCUACAGAGAGGCAGUGAGCUACAGAGCGAGCACCAGCAGCUGGAGGAGCGGGACCGGCGCCUGGCCGCGGCCGUGAAGAAAUGCCUAGAGCUUAAGACGAGCCUGCUGGCCCAGCAGAGGGGCACCCAGUUGUCCUUGGACCGCCUGCGGACCCUCCUGAGACUGAUACAGGGUGGGCAGAGGCUGCAGGUCACCAUGGCAACCACCAGCCCUGCCCCGCUGCUGGCCGGGCCCUGGACCAAGCCCCCAGCCGCAGCCAUGCACUCUGCCCUCCAGCACCCCCAGGGGCACAACUGACCCCGCGGGACCGGCUUCACACCCACAGAAGGUUCCUGGGACCCCGCUCAGCAGACCUGAGGUUUCUGUCCGCCUUAAUUCAUAAACACUAUGAAUUUCAGAUGAAAAUAAAACCCAGCCGAGAGAGAGAGAGAGAAAAGAAGGGAGAAGGAACCGGGUGGAAGUCCUAGAGCCAGGACCGGAGGGGAUGGAGCCCUCCUGUCCACGUUCGGACGGGACUCCAAGGA